UUCUAAUUGUCUCCGAAAAUAUUUGAUUUAUCUCGGAUUUCUGUCAUAAUAGAACGGCAUUGAACAACAUUUUUAAAGACUGCGUAGGAGCGUUUGAUACGACGACAUGCAAUUUUUGCAAAUGUCAAUUUACAUUGUAGCUUACCUGUGUGUGUUCUUCUUGAAGGUUUAUUGUGAGAAGGAUGAUGAGAUACCAUCCACUCCUGAGCUCACAGAAAUACAAUCAUUCUUCUACAUGUUUGCAAAAGAAGAUUUAACUAGUUCAGUAGCAGAGACAGAGAAGAAUCAAUCGCUCACCAUAUCACAAUCGUGUAGUUAUAGAGAACCAGAUGAACGAAAUACUCAGGAAGCAAUUUUCUACAAACGUUUGAUUGCCAUAUUAUUAUCAAAGCUUGAGAUGCAAAGAAUUGAUGAUAGAUUAGUUGGAACGCUUAAUAUAGAAGUGUUUUCUUCAGAACUUGAAUACUUGCGGAAAUUUGUGAACGGUCAAGGUUCUAUCAGAGAAGUUGACAGAAUUCUUAUCAAUGCGAUAACAGGAUCUGAAUACUCAGCAUGCGACUAUAUAGCUAAAGCAUUUUAUUAUUUCAAUUUACUUUUGAGUAAAACAUCAGAGAAUUUGAUACAUUAUAUAUCACUUAUGAAAGAUUUGACGUAUUAUAUAUCACUUAUAAAAGACCACUGGGACAUAACUAUAAUCUUCUUUACAGUCAUAGCUAGUUUUAUGAUUUUGAGGAGGCAAAAAUGGUCUCGAGGUUUACUUAUCUUUCUCAUCAUUGAUGUUAUAUUUGUAAUUAGUUUUGUCAUAAAUUGGUGGCGACUUGUACAGGAAGCAGAAAUUAAAUUAAUGGCAGCACAAGCACAAUUUAGAGAAAUGCCAAUUGCUUGCCAGCCGCAUAAAAUGAAUUUCUGGGACAAGAUGGUUGAGUGGCUUUUUCCUACAAACAAUUGUGAAAAAUACUAUGAAACGAUUAUGACGAAUCCUAGACUGCAAGUGACACCAGCACUUGUAUUGACUAAUUUGCUCACUACGGUUAUUUUUCAACCUUUAACAUACCUUGGACUUGUUAUAUCUGAAUUUGUAGAUAAUGCUACCGGUAAAUUAAACUUUUUGUACAAGUUUCCCAUCAUAAUUGCCCUUUUCUUGAGCAUCUGCAUAUGUAUUAUAUUGAUUCCGUUUUCCUGGAUUGGUGGAUCUAUUAAUUUCGGUUUUGGACCAUUCUUCAAAUUUGGAAUGAAAGGUAGACAAAAUUCUAAUAAAAAUCAAGAAGACCACAUUGAGAGGAUUUAUGAGGAAGUUUCACUAAAAAGGAGGUUGAAAGAUUCAGGAAAAAUGAAACAAAUUACCUUGGGACAAGAUAAUGAUCUUGCUGGAGGCGAUGCCGACAUGCAUCAUUUAGUAAGAUAUAAAAAAUGUCAGUGUGAAAAAAAACCAGAUGAAGAUGUGGAAUGUAUCAAGAAAGAAGAGAAACUACUACCUUACUAACAGCUCGCACCGUUGCGUAUAUAAUACUUCUCUUAUGAUUUUACGUUUAUCUUACCUUAUUGGAUACAAUUUGGUGCCUCAUCCAUACUAACGGGGACACUAGAAUCCGUCCGUUUUUUUCAUCUAUUCAGAAUGAUUCAAAAAAUCUGUAAAAAUUUACCAACAUGCUUUCAACUUUCUAGAAUAAAUAU